GGUGGGAUAAAAAGUGUAAAAUUCAGAACGGAACGAAUUGUAACCGGCACCCGACCCGGCUCACCAAAAAACAAACCAGGAAAAAAGAGAAAAGAUAUUUGUUUGAAAAAUCCAGGGAACCAAAGGAGGAGAUAUGCAGCUGUUUGUUUGAGUUUUGGCGAGAAGACCUCUUUAAAUUCCACCCAAAUGUUCCUCUCGUCUUUGUUUCUGAAUUGGAUGGGAACUCUCGCCACCUCCUCUUUCACUUUGCCUUCACUCCCUCUUACCACUCGCACCCUUCAAUUCGUCAACCUCAAAUACUCUUCUUCUUCUUUAUCUUCUUCUCGUUCUUUUCCCACCAAACGCCUUUCUUAUAAAAAUCUCGAUUCUCGAAAUUUUUGUAGAUUUACGUGUUUUUGUGCCCAUAAUAACGAUGUAGAGAAGCGUGACGAUAGUUUAUCCAAUGAUUCCGGUGUUAAAACUGCGUCGCGUGAUGAAGUAGAACAGAAAAGGAGUGAUGAAUUUGGUUCGGAGAACACUCCCACUUCUGUUUCUUCAAGGCCACCAACUAUAUCUCCAAUUGGACCAGCAUAUAAUAAUUUCCAAGUUGAUUCUUUCAAGCUAAUGGAACUUCUAGGACCUGAAAAGGUAGACCCAGCAGAUGUAAAACUAAUUAAGGACAAGCUUUUCGGUUAUUCAACUUUUUGGGUGACCAAAGAAGAACCAUUUGGAGAUCUUGGGGAGGGCAUUCUUUUUCUUGGAAAUUUAAGGGGUAAUAGAGAAGAUGUAUUUGCCAAACUUCAGAGACAGCUGGCUAAGGUUACUGGUGAUAAACACAACCUGUUUAUGGUGGAGGAACCCAAUUCUGAAAGGCCAGAUCCACGUGGUGGACCUCGUGUUAGCCUUGGCUUGCUUCGGAAAGAUGUCUCUGAACCAGGGCCAACAACACUUUGGCAAUAUGUGAUUGCUUUCUUGUUAUUCCUUUUGGCCAUUGGUUCCUCAGUGGAGUUAGGAAUUGCAUCUCAGAUUAAUAGACUUCCUCCAGAGGUAGUCAAGUACUUCACAGAUCCACAUGCUGUUGAUCCACCUGAUAUGGAGCUUCUAUACCCUUUUGUGGAGACUGCUUUGCCUCUAGCAUAUGGCAUCUUGGGGGUUUUGCUUUUCACAAACGGUUGUUUGCAGGAAGUGGGCCACUUUUUGGCUGCUUUUCCAAAGAGAGUAAAAUUGAGCAUUCCUUAUUUUAUUCCAAACAUCACUCUUGGCAGCUUUGGUGCAAUCACUCAGUUCAAAUCCAUUCUUCCUGAUCGUAGUACAAAAGUUGAUGUUUCACUUGCGGGUCCAUUUGCUGGUGCUGUAUUGUCUUUUUCAAUGUUUGCUGUUGGCCUUUUGUUGUCGUCAAAUCCAGAUGUUGCAGGAGACUUGGUGCAGGUUCCUAGCUCACUGUUUCAAGGAUCUUUGCUCCUUGGUCUCAUCAGUAGAGCUGCUUUUGGUUAUGCAGCAAUGCAUGCUUCAAUGGUUGCAAUUCAUCCUUUGGUGAUUGCUGGCUGUUGUGGCUUAACCACAUCAGCAUUCAAUAUGCUUCCAGUGGGGUGCCUUGACGGUGGAAGAGCUGUACAGGGUGCGUUCGGAAGAAAUGCACUGGUUGGAUUUGGCUUGACAACUUACACAUUGCUAGGAUUAGGAGUGCUUGGUGGACCCUUAUCUCUUCCUUGGGGCCUAUAUGUGCUAAUAUGCCAGAGAACCCCAGAAAAACCAUGCUUAAACGAUGUGACAGAGGUUGGAACAUGGAGGAAAGCAUUUGUUGCAGUGUCCAUUUUCCUUGUCUUGCUGACCCUCCUUCCAGUAUGGGAUGAACUUGCAGAAGAACUAGGUAUAGGUCUUGUAACCACAUUUUGAUUUGAGCAUAAAUAGAUGGAGUAAAGGCAAAUUUUGACAUUUAAAAGAAGGUGUAGCCAAAUGAGUUUGUUUUCAAUCUGUAAUUAGCAAGCAUUACUUGAAGUAAUCCAAAAUAAAGAAACUCUUUCAAUGACAUGGUUUUCAAAA